AUGGCGGUCGAUAGGGACCCGCUGCAGCUGGACCUGUACGGCCUGCUGGGGGUCGGCGAGAAGGCGUCGGAGAAGGAGGUUAAGAAAGCAUACCGGCAGAAGGCCCUGACUUGUCACCCGGAUAAGAACCCGGACGAUCCCAGAGCAGCGGAAGUCUUCCACCAACUGUCUCAGGCCUUAGCCGUGCUAACAGAUGCAGCAGCAAGGGCGGCGUAUGACAAGGUGAGAAAGGCUAAGAAGCAAGCUGCAGAAAGGACGCAAAAACUUGAUGAGAAGCGGAAGAAAGUAAAGCUUGAUCUUGAAGCCAGAGAACGAGAAGCCCAGACCCGUGAGAGUGAAGAGGAGGAGAUCAGGAUAACGAGAUCAUUAGAACAAGAAAUAAUACGCCUGCGUGAAGAAGGUUCCCGUCAGCUUGAAGAGCAGCAGAGACUAAUUCAAGAACAGAUCCGGCUUGAAAGAGAGCAGCACAUCCAAGGCAAGGAAGAAAGAAAUGGAACAGAAGGCAAAAUAACUCCCAAACUCAAACUAAAAUGGAAAUGCAGGAAAGAAGAUGAGACGAGUGGGGGAUACUCAAAAGAUGUUCUGUUGCAGAUCUUACAAAAGUAUGGCGAUGUGCUCAAUUUGUUGAUCUCGAGUAGGAAGACUGGGAGUGCAGUCGUGGAAUUUGCUACGGUUAAGGCUGCUGAGAUGGCUGUGAAGAAUGAAGUUGGCCUGAUAAAUAAUCCUCUGAAGAUUUCUUGGCUGGAGGGCCAGCCCCGGAACAAUCCCAGCACUGUCCUUUCUGACAGCACUAGUCAGCCUAGGACUUCACAGGCAUCAGUGGUAUCAGAACGGGAUUACGAGAGCCUGGUGAUGAUGCGGAUGCGCCAAGCAGCAGAGAGGCAGCAGCUUAUUGAACAGCUCAAGCGAGAAGAAGAGGAAGAGUCUCACACCUAGCAUGAGACAGUAUGGAUUCUCCCCACCCCAUCAUUCUUCAUUUCCAAAGCUGUUUCUUAAAUUAAGUCAAUAAACCUCC